UUUGAGGUGAGGAGGACUUGACGAUUCUUCCAGAGAAAUAGAGAGAGAGAGAGAGAGAAUUGGAGCUGAGAAGCUAUGGCGUCGUCGUUGAUGAAGUGGCUCGUAGACCCAAAGAAGAACUGGUUCGCUGCUCAACACAUGAAAUCCAUCUCCAAACGCCUCCGCAGAUACGGCCUUCGUUAUGAUGAUCUCUUCGAUCCCUAUUACGAUCUGGACGUGAAGGAAGCUUUGAAUCGUCUUCCUCGUGAGAUCGUGGACGCCAGGAAUCAACGCCUCAAGCGAGCGAUGGACCUCUCCAUGAAGCACGACUACCUCCCUGAGCACUUGCAGGCUAUGCAGACACCAUAUAGGAGUUAUCUUCAAGAUAUGUUGGCCCUUGUGAAGAGGGAGAAUGCUGAACGUGAAGCUUUGGGAGCUUUGCCCCUCUAUCAGCGCACCAUUCCUUAAGCCUAUUACCAUUUAUACUGCACCUACUUCUAAUUGAAGUAUGUCUUUGUCUUUGGUUGAAGAAUAAGAAAUGUGUUUCUGGUAGGUUCCAUGGCAAUGGAGAGAGAGCAGCAGCAUCAUGUCAGUGUUACAUACUCUAUUCCCUCUAUAUAUGUAUGCUCUCUGUCUGAAUUGCUGAACUACUCAUUAUAAUUGUUUGUUCGCACAUGUUUGAUAUCUCUGGAGUUAUGUACCAACAUUGAUUUGUCUGUUAUGAUUCUGUCUCUCAUUGAUAGCU